AUUCUAAAGACGGUGUCUUUUAGGUAAUGGCGGCCAACUCGCCCUGCAGAGGUUGAAGGCGUUGCUUCCGUCGACCGAUCUUCAGGCGCACGUUUUGCCACAUCCGGCCUCAUUUUUAUCAGUUGAAGAGUAAGCAUCCCUCAAGUGAGACGUCCAACCUUGAUUCUUGCCUGCGCUGGUCAGCCAGUACUGAGCCAUCAUGCCAACAGUCAAAGGAGAUGGAAUGCGAGGACUCGCAGUCUUCAUUUCAGAUAUCCGAAACUGCAAGAGUAAGGAAGCAGAAGUCAAGCGAAUCAACAAGGAGCUGGCCAACAUACGCUCCAAGUUCAAAGGUGAUAAAACUCUAGACGGUUACCAGAAGAAGAAGUAUGUGUGCAAGCUGCUGUUCAUCUUUCUGCUCGGCCAUGACAUUGACUUUGGUCACAUGGAGGCCGUCAAUCUGCUCAGCUCCAACAAGUACACAGAGAAACAAAUUGGCUACCUGUUCAUCUCGGUCCUGGUGAACGAGAACUCGGAGCUGAUGAACCUAGUCAUCCAGAACAUUAAGAAUGAUAUCAGCAGCCGUACCCCGAUCCAUAUCAACCUUGCCUUGCAUUGCAUCGCUAACAUCGGCAGCAAAGCUAUGGCCGAGACGCUGGGACCGGAGGUGCCCAAGCUCCUGGUAUCAGGGGACACCAUUGAUGAAGUGAAGCAGAGCGCUGCGCUGUGUUUGUUGCGCCUGUACAGGACGGACCCUCACUGUAUCCCUAGCGGGGAAUAUCAGAGUAGAAUUAUACACCUGCUGAAUGAUCAACACAUGGGCGUAGUGACAGCAGCUACGAGUCUGAUUCAUGAUCUAGUCCUGGAUAAUCCUGAUGACUACAAGGGAUGCGUCUCACUGGCUGUAUCCAGGCUCAGUAGGAUUGUGACAUCAUCCUACACAGAUCUUCAGGAUUACACCUACUAUUUCGUGCCAGCUCCGUGGCUCUCUGUCAAACUGCUGCGACUUCUGCAGUUCUAUGGGCCACCCGAGGACCCCGCUAACAGAAACAGGCUGAAUGAGUGUCUGGAGACUAUACUCAAUAAAGCACAGGAGCCGCCCAAGUCCAAGAAGGUUCAACAUUCCAAUUCCAAGAACGCCGUCUUGUUUGAAGCCAUCAAUCUGAUCAUUCAUCAUGACAGUGAGCCUAACCUGCUAGUCAGAGCCUGCAAUCAACUGGGACAAUUCCUGCAACAUAGGGAGACUAAUCUCAGGUAUCUUGCCCUGGAGAGCAUGUGCCUGUUGGCAUCCUCUGAAUUCUCCAGAGAAGCUGUCAAGAAACACCAGGAGACGGUCGUUACAGCAUUAAAGACGGAGCGUGAUGUGAGUGUCCGCCAGCGAGCCGUGGACCUCCUGUACGCCAUGUGUGAUCGGACGAACACAGAGGAGGUUGUAGGAGAAAUGCUGGACUAUCUGGAGAAAGCUGAUUAUUCCAUAAGGGAAGAAAUGGUGCUGAAGGUAGCCAUCUUGGCGGAGAAGUUUGCAGUGGACUACACGUGGUACGUUGACACGAUACUGAACCUGAUCCGCAUAGCCGGAGACUUUGUAAGCGAGGAGGUUUGGUAUCGUGUGAUCCAGAUUGUGAUCAAUAGAGAGGACGUGCAGGGAUAUGCAGCUAAGAUGGUGUUUGAGGCUCUUCAAGCCCCAGCCUGUCAUGAGAACAUGGUGAAAGUUGGAGGUUACAUCCUGGGGGAGUUCGGUAAUCUUAUCGCUGGGGACCCGAGGUCAAGCCCUCAGGUGCAGUUCAACCUCCUUCAUUCCAAGUUCCAUCUUUGCUCCCCCCCUACAAGAGGCCUUCUCCUCUCAACUUACGUCAAGUUCAUCAAUUUGUUCCCGGAGAUCAAACAGAUAAUACAGGAUGUUCUGAAGAGUGAUAAUCAACUGCGGAAUGCUGACGCUGAGCUGCAGCAGCGAGCUGUGGAGUAUCUAAGUCUCAGCGUCAGAACCUCCUCUGAUGUCCUGGCGACCGUGCUGGAAGAAAUGCCACCGUUCCCCGAGCGAGAGUCCUCCCUCCUUGCCAAGCUGAAGAAGAAGAAACCAUCGGCCGUGGUGGAAGAGAAGAAACCCAACAAACCCAUCACGGUGGAGGUCAAUAAUACAGCUGGGGAGAGCAGCACUGAUGCGCCGAGUACAGCUACUCCAGUCCAGCUCCCAAUGGUCCAGGCUCCUAACCCUACAGCCGCAGCCCCGUCUACAGACCUCCUAGGUCUAGAUGCAGCCCCGGCACAACCAGCGCAGACCUUCAACAUGCCCGGUGCCCCGCCAGCUACUAAUAACUUUGGAGCUCCACCGGCGGCUGGCCAGAGCACUCUGCUGGAUAUCUUUGACGCCCAGGCCCCGGCCCCAGCUCAGGCCCCAGCUCAGGCUCCAGCUGUGGCCAACGCCAGUGCCCUCUCCCCGGGCGCUGAGGAGAAUUUCUGCAAAUUCAUCUGUAAAAACAACGGCGUCCUAUUUGAGAAUGACCUGCUUCAGAUUGGAGUCAAGUCAGAGAGCAAGUCCAUGUACUGUCGUCUGGUUCUCUUCUUCGGCAACAAGACCAGCAUGCAGUUCUCUGAUUUCAGUUCCACGGUCAUCACACCCGGAGAACUGGCUUCAAGGCUGCUUGUCAAGGCGCCCCCAAUCAACAACGUUCUGGACGGCGGUGCCCAGGUACAGCAACUCAUCACAGCUGAAUGUGUGCAGGAAUUCAGCGAUGCUCCGCUGCUCAAUAUCCGAUUUGUCUUACAGCAGACAGGUAGCCAGUCUACUGAUUCUAACCCAGACCCAAGCUGUGGAGGCUCCAUGCAAUAUGUCAACCUGAAGGUCCCCAUAAUGGUCUCCAAGUUCUUCCAGCCAACCACCAUGUCCUCAUCAGACUUCUUCUCACGUUGGAACCAACUCAUUGCGCCAGCGCAUGAGUACCAGAAUAUCUUCAAGGCCAAUUUCCCAAUGGACAGAGAUGGCAACAAAACCAAAUUGAUGGGCUUUGGCAUCGGUCUGCUGGAGGGCGUUGACCCCAACCCUGACAACUUUGUGUGUGCUGGUAUCGUUCACUGCAAGUCUGCACAAAUUGGCGUCUUACUCCGCUUGGAACCCAACAAGGCUGCGCUGAUGUAUCGUUUGACGUUACGCAGCAGUAAAGAGGAAGUGGCCAAGGAGUUGGGAACACUCUUAUCCAGCCAGUUCUAAGCAGCUGUAACCGGAUUGAACUAGUUCCAUUGGACAGGCUGUAUCUGUAUGUAAAAGCCAGCUUGGAGCUGCUAUAACCAGCUUGAUCUGGUUCCAACUACAUAUCCCUGCGUAUUGUUUACUCAAUGUAUAAUGAGAGCUAGCUGAAACUGGUCCAAACCGGUUUGCACUGGUUCUGUGCAGCCUGUUUCCUGUAUGCACAUGGGUGUUAAGCCAGAGUUUGAAUGUGCUCAAACUAGUUUGAUCUGGUUCCAUAUACACCCAGGCUUGUCUGAAAGCAGCUCAUGCUGGUUUGAUCUAGCUUGCACCUCUGCGUCUGUGUGUAAUCCAGCUGGAAGUGGUAUGAACCGGUUCAAACCUGUUUGAAGCAGCACAUUGCGUUAACCACUGGGGAUAUGUUGUGUCUGUGCAGAUUGUUAUAAUUUUGUAUUAAAAAGUAAAACGGGACGCGUCAGGUAUUACGGUGGAUUUUAUUAAUUUCAAUUGGCGUGCAUUUCUAUAAAUACUUUACUGAACAAAAGGCCAACAGGUUUCAAUUUUUUUGUGUUCUUUGGUAGCAUCAUUUAUCAUAUAUUCAUAUUUGAUAUUGCUAAGUUCAUGAUACAUGUACAUGUCUGUAUAUCCAAUGUGAUAUAUUGAAGGUACACUUUCCCGUCAGCGUACUCUUCUAGCGUUAUUGAAUAAGAAAACAUACAAACUAGAAUUUUACCAAAACCCCAUUUCAUCACUUUUUAUAAUCCACUGAACUUAUUUCAUUUCAAUAACAAAUAAUAUGUCCAUGUUCAUAUGAUUUGAAUGGCGUAUAUAUGCACAAUAUAAUCGAAGAAUAUGAAAAAUGUAUGAAAUAUAGUGGUGUGCAUAGGACAUGAACCGGGUACCCUAUUGAAGCUAAA